ACCACUCCGAUUUGUUAAAGUCUUUCAGGUUCGGAAACGAAGCUUGGCUGUGAGAUCUCAUUAGUCACAAUGCUCUCUCUCUCUGUAGCAGAACAGGUUCAUUUUCGAAAUAAAAAAGGCAACGUGGUCACAGCUUUGCCCGUGACAGUAGAAUUUGGAAAGCUUAUCAAAGGUGAUAGAAACACGAGGAAUUCCAGCUUUCGUGAAUGGAAGAAACAAUUGAAUAGCGCCCAGGCAAGCGAGCAGGUGGCUUCUCCGACAGAUCUUCUCCAUGCUGUGGUGGCGCUGUACCAUACUUGUCAACCGGGAUUUUCUCCCCAGUCUGUUUACAGCACUGUUUGUGGAGAGGGUUCACGUACGUUACUUCUCUUAAGAAAUUCGACAGAAAUCCUUCGGGAGUGGGAGAACCAGAUAGCCAAUCCUGAACAUCGUCUUCGAGACCAACAGUCAACUUCUCUUGGUGGUUGGUACAGCACCGAUAGCUCAUGUGUAAUUAAAUCAACAACAAUCCUCUUAAAACAGUACCAAGACCAGGAGCAAGAUAACUUAAGGAGAAAUUUAUCCCCAUGGAGACAGCAUCCGAGAGAAAGCGACUGUUCUUUAAAGGACGAGACAUUGCCAAGUGAGGAUUUUAAAGACCCCCCACAACACGUCAACACUCUCAAUAAACAGAACCAACAACUGACAGACCCUGGAGAAACUUUAGCGAAUGAACAUCAUCGAGAACAAACCAACAACGAACCGCUCUUGAACAAAAUAUCCGGGGAAACAAAUGACCUUUCAAAUGUUGACGCUUUAGUAGAACAAAAAUAUAAUGGAACAAAUAACUCGGAUGUUACUGACUCUAAUUCAUGUCAACAAGUUACAGAGUCAGUUGAUGAACGUGAUGCUCAACAAAUGACGACGAGAGACUCGACGUCUGAUAGAGAACAUUUGUACGUUGACACGUCCAUCACACUGAGUCUACUGUCGGACAGUACUAACCAUGUUGACCAAUCCACACCGAUGAUGACCAAGGGCACGGAAAGCUCACAUGAAGAAUGGCUUCCUUGGGUCCCCAAAAAGAGAAAUGAAGAAGACGAGGCGAGUCGGAAAAUGUCACAUGUCAGCUCUAGAAACAGUUCUAAAUAUCCGUUAGGAUUGUGUGAUAACGUGAAACCUGACCUGGAAACAUCUACAGAAUCACCAUUCUCUGACAUCUUCAGUGACUCUGGAGAGAUUUCUACAUCGGACAGUGACAUGGAAGAGGAGGAGGAUGGUGAUGACCUUUCACGAGGCCUUGAAGCCUUCCUGAAAGCAGUAGCAGCCAGAAGAAAAGAGCGAAUGAUAUCCGUAGAGAUGGGUUUUUUACUACCGACACAAGUCGGAAUGGAACAUAAGCUCAUUGCUAGUGUCACCUUCCAGAAAAAUUACAGGAUCCCUGGUGCCAAGAUUGUCUAUCUAUCAUUCUUAGCGGUUCGGAAAAAAUUUCGGAAACGAGGCCUAGGAAGUUUUCUUUUACAGAAAUUGAAAAAUCCUUCGUUAGUGGGUCCCUAUGAUGCUUUGGUUGUUCGAAGUGAAAAUUCAACUCUCCAGUUUUUCCGAAAAAAUGGAUUUACAGACGACAUAAUCUUGAAUAGCAAGUUCAGAGACGUCGACGAAGGGUGGGAAAACUCUACUCUAAUAAGUUAUCUUCCUCCGUUUGAUGGUCACUACCCGCCCUUCCCGGGGACGAAGGAAUGGAACAGGCCAGAAGCCGUGGUAGCAAUGCAGGAAGAAAUGAAUACGUGGCGACUGAAAAGCCUAGAAGCUUAUCAAGCUCAAGUCACGUGCUUAACGAGACUUCAACAGGAAGUGUUAAGACUUCAUGCCUUGCUACGAAAGCAAGAAGCCGUAGUUCAGUUUCUUAAAAAUGAAAACCAAAAACUUCAAAGUAAACUCCAAAAAGUGGAGAGAAGGUCUACAAGAGCUCUGGUUGAAAGUCUUGAAAAAGAAGCUGCAGAUUUCGAGAAACUGUGCACGUUUCAACUUCGACAAAAAAGCAACAGUUAAAUUGUUUAAUUAAAACAUUUUUGUGAUCAUUAAUUAUAUCAACAGCUGUAAUUACUGCAGGUUAUAUGUUUAAGGUCAGUUUAUAUUUAAAUUAAUAAUCGUUAAGACAUUCAACUGAGACGUAUUCUGUUUAUAUAUAUUUAUAACGGUGUUGGUUCAUUCACUGAAUCGAAACAUUUAGCAGUAAAGAUAUAAUAUAAAGCCAUGUUCUGUUUUUGUACCAAUACACCAAAUAAGAGUAUCAGUUAAAUUUUCGACUGAGACAUACUGUUUUAGUACCAAUAUAUGUUCAGAACAGUAUCAGUUCAUACUUUAAAAUCAGAAACGUAGCAGAUAAAACAUUAAAUUAAAAUAAUUAAAACUUCCAUCUAAACCAUGCUUCACA